AUGAAACUCACUGCAGAGCUAUUAACGCACUGCGACUCGUCCAUCAAUGCACUCAAAGAGCGUGAGCUUGACUUGCGCGGAUUUAAAAUUCCUGCUAUCGAAAAUAUGGGUGCUUCGCGCGACCAGAAUGAUACCAUCGAUAUGACGGAUAAUGACGUGCGCUUCCUGGGCAACUUUCCUCGGAUGCUGCGCUUACAGCACCUCACACUCUCUAAUAAUCUAGUUGCUCGAGUGGACGCGUCCAUUCACAAACAGCUACCAUACCUUGUGUCGCUUAUACUCACCAAUAACGCCAUAUCCGAUUUUCAGGAGGUUUCGCAUCUGCGCCGCCUUCGUCACAUGCGCUAUUUGUGCCUCAUGGGCAAUCCUGUCGCGCGCGAAAAGCACUAUCGUGAGUUUGUUGUAUGGUGCAUGCCGCACCUCCGCGUGCUGGAUUACCGGCGCAUCACAGAGCGCGAGCGCGCUGUCGCUCGAAAAGCGUUUGUGGCACCUGAUGGACAACUCAACCAACUAGCCCUCUCGCUCAUGGGCUCAAAAGAGCGUCGAGCAUCCGGAGGCACUGCUCCGUCGGAGCCUGACGCACCACUUCCCACGAGGCGACAUCAGCUCACUGACAGUCAGCGUGCUGCCAUCGCCGAGGCCAUCGAUCGGAGUGAAAGCAUGGAGGAAAUUCGCCGGCUCGAAGAGCAACUCAAGCUCGGCUACAUCCCAUCUUCCCAGACAGCGCCGUGA